GGUGAUGGAGUCCCCGAUCAUCUUGACAAUGAUGACGAUGGAGAUGGUAUCCCAGAUAAUCAAGAAGACGAAGAUGGUGAUGGAAUCCCCGAUCAUCUUGAUAAUGAUGACGAUGGAGAUGGUAUCCCAGAUAACCAAGAAGACUUGGAUGGUGAUGGAAUCCCCGAUCAUCUUGACAAUGAUGACGAUGGAGAUGGUAUCCCAGAUAACCAAGAAGACUUGGAUGGUGAUGGAAUCCCCGAUCAUUUGGACAAUGAUGACGAUGGAGACGGAAUUCCGGAUAAACAAGAGAUUAAUUAUGACAAACCGUCACAGAACAUUAAUAAACUCAAAAUGUACCAAGAAAGUAACCAAGAUGUCCGUGACCAUGAUGAUGUCGAUGAAGAAGGAGAGCCAAUGCCUGGAAGACGUAAACUUCUUGCUGUAGUUGACAGUGAUGGAGAUGGUAUUCCAGAUGAUGAAGACGAUGAUGAUGAUAACGAUGG